CCCACGUCACAAGACCGUAAUGGAAUAACAAAAUAGGAAGACGAAGUUGACAAAAUCAGGACUAUUAACAAUUACGACAAGACGUCCAACAUUUAUAAAUAUGUGCAUGUAUGAAGAACAUUAUCAUCGUGUCUCAAAACCAAAACUAUUAUUCGAUCAUGUCUCCUACAACCACAAUGAUUUUUCUUUCUCUUCAACUCAUUACAUCUUUUCUCUUUACCGCCAUUGCCUCAUCAUCACCUCCCGGUGGGUUCACCAUUGACGUAAUCCACCGUCGCUCUAAUUCAUCCUCUUCUCGUUUCUCUAAAACAGAUGAUGAUCAGCUCGGAUCACCCUACGCCAAUACUGUCUUUACCACCUCCGAGUAUCGAAUGAAGCUACAAAUCGGUACUCCUCCUAUCGACAUCGAGGCCCUCAUAGACACGGCAAGUGGCAUCGUAUGGACACAAUGUUUGCCUUGUCUUAGCUGCUACGACCAACAAGAUCCCAUAUUCGACCCUUCAAAAUCCUCAACCUACAAGGAGAAAAUAUGCGACCAGGACCCUAACAACCCUUGUCGUUACGAGGUUACCUACGCAGACCAAAGCUAUUCCAAGGGAGCGUACGCGACCGAGACGGUCACGUUCCAAUCGACUUCAGGACAACCCUUUGUGAUGGCUCAAACAAACAUCGGUUGUGGCCACAACAACUCGGUGACUUUAUCUCCUGCCGCUUCGGGCAUUAUUGGUCUAGAUCGGGGAGCUUCGUCGCUCAUCUCGCAAAUGAGCCAAAACUUUUUUAGUUUUUUCUCUUACUGUUUCUCUCGUAAAGAAACUAGUAAGAUCAACUUCGGAAGUAACGCUGUUGUGUCGGGAGACGGAACUGUAUCAACCACUAUGUUUAGAAACACGGAGAAACCUAACUUCUACUACCUAAACCUAGACGCGAUAAGCGUUGGAGAGAACCGGGUUGAGACAAUGGGGACACCCUUGUACUCCUUAGAAGGGAACAUUAUCAUAGACUCUGGAACCACUUACACUUACUUGCCCGAUAGCUUCUGCAGCAAAGUGAAGGAUGCGUUGGAUAGCGUCGUGAAGGUGGAGCGAGCAGCUUUUUCGGGGGAUAUGUUGUGCUACAAUACUGCCGACAUAGAUAUAUUUCCGGUGAUCACAAUGCACUUCUCGGGUGGUGCGGAUCUUGUGUUGGAUAGAUACAACAUGUAUGAUAACACUGGAGAUAACUAUUGUUUGGCGAUUUCGUGUGUUGGUCCGACGGAAGAUGCAGUCUUUGGGAACAGAGCACAGAACAACUGGUUGAUUGGUUAUGAUACUUCUUCGGAGCUUGUUUCUUUUAAGUCCACUGAUUGUUCUGCGUUGUAUUAAGAGAAAAUAAACCAAAAGAGUUUCUCUGUUAUAGUAUUUAACUUCAGUAUGUAGUAGUCUUUUUAUUAAAACUAUACACAAUAUGCUUAUGGUUUAGGGAACGAACAACAUGCCAACGUCAUAUGUCCUAGAACUAAUAUACAGAGAGCUUCAUGUUUAAAUGUCUCCUCUCAAUCACUUUUUUUUUUGUCUUUUCAAAUGAUGACUAUUGUUUAAAAUUAUUUAAAUUCUCAUAUCAAUCUAAAUAUUAGAUGUAAG